CACGAGGCAAUGGCAAUGCUCAAAUACGGCGGAGGAUACGAAGCCUUCACAGAGAAAUAUGGUGAUUAUUUCGUUUGGGGGUACCGUCUUGGAGGGGAUACUGGCUUGAUGAUAAGCAGCAAAAGCUUCUCGACAAAAAAGGACGAGUCGUAUGGCAUUACUCUCACAGUCGAGGUUCUGCUGAUCGAGGUCAGCGAGACCUGGACAAAGGAUAUUCAUAGCUUCUCCGCGGGCAAAUCAAUGAGGCUGGUGGGCUAUGAUACACUGAGUGAUACGAACUGGAACGUUACUACUACCGCUGAAAGUGGCAUCACUGCCUUGGUGGACGGGACCAGGGAGGUCAUUUUGGCCUCACAGAAUAUUCUUGAGAGGACGCUGAAAGAGCUCGAGAAACAAAACAUGGCAGAUGGGGAUGACUUGUCUCAUGAGCAGUGUGAGUUCUUGACUGGCAGUGGGCUAGCUGUAGAGCUCGUCCUGCUUCCCAUGUCUGCACUGAGAGAUGUAGCCCGCUGGACGACGGAAAAGAAUGUAAUUUAGGAACAUGAUUGAUUAAUAAAUAUAAGUUCAUAGCUUUAAGCGUACGGAUGUUAAUCUGAUUC